AUGAACAACCGAAUAGUAAAUCUAACUAGAAAAAUCCAUCGAGCCUAUUCCUCGCAACACAAAAUUGUUUGCACAACAGACGGAUCGACCCUAGUGGCCUGGCACCCGAAAAAAGACAUCCCUUAUGAGUGCACACAGCCUCUUCCAGAAGAAAAAAUACAGGAACAUCCUUCUGUUCUAAAAACCCAACUUACUCCGGAACUAUUGUCGAUUUUCAACAAGAAAACACCAGAGCAAGCCAGAGCUGAACUGAUGAGUAUAACAAACACUACAAAACAUAGAUGGUUCCCCAGAGCUAGAGACAAGAAAGCUAAAAAGACGCCAAUGGAUAGAGAAUAUUUGUAA